AUGGGUCUUGCUGCUGAAGGAGAUGCUGCCACUUUUGCUGAAACGUCUGGGCCAGAUGAAACAGAAGAAGGGAAUGAGGAUGAAUCCAUUGUUCGUCACACUGCUAGUGUUGGUGAUGUCGAGGGUUUGAAGAAGGCCCUAGCCGCUGGUGCUGAUAAAGAUGAGGCGGAUUCAGAGGGAAGGACAGCAUUGCAUUUGGCAUGUGGAUAUGGCGAGGUCACCUGUGCUCGGGUCCUACUUGAGGCUGGAGCAAGGGUGAAUGCUUUGGAUAACAACAACAACACCGCUCUUCAUUACGCAUCUGGCUAUGGCAAGAAGGAGUGUGUAAAACUUCUACUGGAUAAUGCUGCCGCUGUCACACUUCAGAACAUGGAUGGGAAGACACCUAUAGAUGUUGCAAAAUUAAACAGCCAGCAUGAUGUAUCGAAGCUGCUCGAGAAUGUUGUAUUUCUAUAA